AUGGGCUUCUUGCCGAUGAUGUACGCAUCACUCUCUCUGCUGCUACUAGGUUCACUAGGAAAGCUAAUGGUGCUAGCAUCUGGAGUUGUAACAAGCCACAACCCAGAAGGGAAUUGGGCACAUCCAUCACUUGCCACACUUGAUGGUUGCCCCAAGAGCUGUGGCAAUCUGAGCUUCGACUACCCCUUUGGCAUGGGAUCAAGGUGCUCUCGGGAUCCUGACUUCAGCCUCAUUUGCAAUGACACUGCUCAGCCUCCCAGGCUCUUCUUGUGCGACGGAAUCACCGAGGUGAUCGACAACAUCGUUGUUGGUAGCGGUGGGGAUUACUACCACACUCACAAAAGCAUCAGUACCUCCUUCUGGCGUACCAUCCCCAUGAAAUCUGGUGUCCAUGUCUACUACUUGUCUUUCCAACCUCCUGGUAGAUCCUUCAGCCGUGGGGAAACCAUUCUGAACAUCACUGGUUGCGACCUGGAUGUGUAUUGGGUCAACAACAACACACACAGAACAACAUGGAUCUGUACGACUGUGUGCCCGGACCAAGUUAUCACAGAGACCAUGGCUAGGCUCAAGUGCAGUGGCAUUGGAUGUUGCAGUUUUCCUGUCACUGGCCUGCUUCCUGAUGCUUUUCAACUUAAAUUUGUCCACCACCACGGCAAAACUAGCACUGGAACACGCUCAAACCAGACCUCUAUGCUGUGGGAUAGAAUCAGCAUAAGUGAUGGUGGCGGCGGCACAGUUUUGUGGAAUAUAGUGGAUCAACAAAAUUGUGCUAGCGCCAUGCGAAACAGGACAAGGUAUGCUUGUAUCGGCAAGCAUUCCUUGUGCGGCGACCAUAGCGUGACAUCAACUGACGGCUACAACUGCAUCUGCAGUGCCGGCUAUGCAGGCAACCCCUUCAUUCAAGAUGGCUGUUCCAGAGACAAAGGGUAUAAUCCAAUUCCAAGCAGAGCUAAUUGUACCCGUUCGUGUGGUAACAUUAGUGUGCCGUACCCAUUCGGCUUAGAAGAGGGUUGCUUUGCCAGGGAAGAAUUCCAGCUCAACUGUACAAAUAUGGCAUCAUCAGCUGUCCUAAUGUUUGGGCUUGACCAGGUUAUGGACCUGAAUGUUUACCAAGGGACCAUUAAGUCCAUCUGGCCUGACCAACAAGGUGCAUCAUUUUACCACAUAUUUAGCAGGCGUGCUCUUUUUGUUGGAUAUGGCUACUUCUAUUCUAUGCAGUGGGUUGCAGCUAAUCUAAGUUGCAUAGAGGCCCAACGGAAUAUAUCUGGUUAUGCUUGUGUAAGUACCAACAGCAAGUGUGUAGCAGUAGAUGGUGAAUGGAGCUACAUUGGGUACCGCUGUAAAUGCUCGGAUGGUUUCCGAGGAAAUCCAUACACCCAAAGUGGUUGUCAAGAUAUUGAUGAAUGCCUUCAACCAAACAUUUGUAAAGGGAUAUGCCAUAAUAUUGAAGGAAGCUUCUAUUGUACUGAAUGUCCUCACAAGACCGAGUACGAUCUACACAAAAUGCAGUGUACAACAACAAAACAUCAUAUUCUGCUUUCAGGUAAGACUAAGUCAUGGUUAUGUUUGAUAAAAAGGAUAAAAAGAAACUUACAGAGCUUAAUGCCUUCAGGUAUUAUCAUUGGGUCAUCUGGUGGCUUCAGCAUUCUAGCUCUGAGUUUUGGUACAGUAUUUCUCAUUCGUAUAUGGAAAAGAAAUGUUCAAUGA